CAACUGUCUCUGAAGCAGCUCAUCUAAGAGCAACAGAAGUCACACUGUGAUCUCCCUCUCCAGGAUGUGUGGAAAUCCUGAGGGAUCUUAGAGCCCCCAACAUGCAGGCAGUCCUGCAACCACCAUCUAGAAGACAGCAGCCAGGAAACUCUGUGAGACCUUUGAGACUUUUGUCUUCAGCUCCAAAGCUAACCCAUAAAGAAAGCAUCAUGGAGGUCUGCAUAUUCUUUCUUUUUGCCAUAAUACUUCUCCCAGGUAUUGCUGCCAAUGUACAUCACGUGAAGUCAUUUCUCAAUCACACUGCAUACCUAUCUUGCUAUUUCCCAAACUCUCAGAAAACUGACAUAAAGAAUAUAAUAGUUUUUUGGCAAAAAGGUACAGGUGAAGUGGUACACGAAGUUUACCUUGGCCAGGAAAUAUAUGAUCACCUUAGUCCUAAAUACAUAAAUCGUACCAAGAUGGAUAUGGACAAAUGGACUUUGCAAUUGUUAAAUGUAAGGAUUGUGGAUGAGGGGCAGUAUAAAUGUAUUAUUAUGCACAUGGACCACAGACCAAAAAAGAUCAUACACGAAUCUGAGUGCUUACUGCACGUCAUUGCCAACUAUAGUCAACCUGUGAUAGCACAGCUACACAGUGGGGAACCAAAGCCCAGUGAGAACCUGAAUCUUUCCUGUUCUUCCAGCGGAGGUUAUCCAGAGCCCAAGCAGAUGAUUUGGAUAAUUUCAAGUGAAAACAUAACAGAUAGGCUUAUACAACGCAUGGAUGUCUUACAGGAUGCUGUAACAAAGCUGUAUAAUGUUACCAGCAAGCUGAAUAUCCCAGUUCCUACAAAUACACUCACUAAUAUUAGCUGUUUGCUUCACCUUGGAGAGCAGCAGGGGAGCCUUACCUCAGUGCCACUAGUCAUAGAGAUACAGGCAGAAAAAAUGGAACCGGUGAAAGUAAAUUUCUUUGGCCCACUUAUAGCUGUAAUUGUACUGAUCACACUUCUUCUGGGUUUUUUGAUAUUGAAGAACAGAAAUAUCUCAUCUACCAGCCAGAGUGUCAGUCUCGCAGUCUAAAAGGUAUCCAGCUUGAAAUAGAGGCCAGCAGCUAUAGACUGCUGACUGGGAGCCAUUUCUGCACAUAGUGAGGUCUGAGGUCCCAUUGUUUCAGAUGCCGUGCCAGAACAAAAAUCCUCUCCAAACACCCUGCAGAACAUGUAAUAUUUCCAUCUGAUGACUGAAGUCCACUGUCCAGUGUUCUUUGCUUUUAUUUUUGCUAUAGAACAGUAGCAAAUACAGUACUCUAUCUGUCUCUAUGAGUUUUUUCUACCCUUUGGGGAACACUCUCCUGAUUUAAUGGGCUUUUUGGUUGAACAACUGUCAGUGUUCACCUCAGUCUUCUACAUUAUUAAUUGGCACACACAUGAAUUUUCCUGGCUCCUGGUGCAGUUACUCUGGCUGCAGUCCUGAUCACUAAGAGGAAAUGCCACCUUGGACCUUCCUGCACUCAGUGGCUUGAUUCACAUCUGAAUGGAUCA